AUGUAAAAAAAAAUUCAAAAAAAAUAAAAAAAAAUACAUAAUUUAUUAAAAAAUUAUAAUAAUAAAAAAAAAGUGUAAUCAGAUUAAUAAUAUUAAGAAAUUCAGAUUUAAUAAGCAGACAUUCAAGAUGAACAAAGCCAAAUUUUAAUAUACGAAUAAAAUAGUUAAAAUAGAAAAAAGUUUGAAAAUCCCAAAAAAACCACAUUAGCACAAAAUAUGUUAAGAAUGGAACAAAACCGUCAAGAACGUCGUGAAAAAAUGAUAUAAAUGAAAUAAGAAAAGCUUGAAAGAGAACAAUAAAUAAAAGAAAGUAAGAAAAAUGUAGAUCCAGAAUUCGAAUAUUUAGUAAAUAAAGAGAGACUAUCAAACCCAUUAUCACAUUAAUUUAUAUAAUAAACAAAACUUACUGUAAUAGUACGAAAAAGACCUAUAUCUUAAAAAGAGGAAGAAGAAGGCGAAAUCGAUUCGGUUUCAUGCUCAAAUCCAAUAAUUAGAAUACAUGAACCUAAAUAUAAAAUAGAUGGUAUAACCAAAUAUGUUGAAAAUCACGAUUUUUAAUUUGACAAUGCUUUUUCAGAAAACUAAACUACAGAUGAUAUUUAUAAAUAUAGUUUAUAGCCAAUUAUAAAUACUAUUUUUUAAAAUGGGGUCGUGACUUGCUUUGCAUAUGGAUAAACAGGUAGUGGGAAAACUUUUACAAUGAAAGAAUUAUAAAAAAAUUAUGUGAGUGAUAUUUUUAAAAAUAAAGGAAAUUCAUUUGAUAUUUUUAUUAGUUUUUAUGAAAUUUACGGAGGAAAAUGUUAUGAUCUAUUAAAUGAAAGAAAUCAAUUAUAAAUUUUAGAAGAUAAAAAUAAUAAUAUUUAAGUAAAUAAUUUAAUGGAAGUAUAAGUAAAUAAUUAAGAAGAAGUAGAAAAUAUUUUAACACAAGCAGCCAAUAUAAGAAGUACGCAUUAAACAGAAGCAAAUGAAGUAAGUUCUAGAAGUCAUGCAAUUUGUUUAAUUUAAAUUAAAAAUGACUAAAAAAAAAUUGUUGGAAAAUUAAUUAUGGUUGAUUUAGCAGGAAGUGAAAGAGCUUAAGAUUGUUAAGGAAAUUCUAAAUAAAGAAAAUAAGAAGGUGCUGAAAUUAAUAAAAGUUUACUUGCUUUAAAAGAAUGUAUCAGAUAAAUGGAUAAAGGAGCUAUGCAUGUACCUUUUAGAGGUUCUAAAUUAACUUUAGUUUUAAGAGAUUCUUUUUUGAAUAAAGGAUUUUCUUCUAAAAUUAUUAUGUUAGCAUGCAUUUCUCCUGGUUCUUCUUCAGCAGACCAUACUGUGAAUACUUUAAGAUAGUUAUAUUAAAAAAAGUAAUUCUUAAUAAUCUCAUAUAAGAAGGCUUUAAUAAAUAAAAAUUGA